GUCAUUGCGCAGGCGCAGCCUGCGAGCGUGGGGUGUUUGGAGGUUGGCGGCUGCCGGCGCUCAAGAGCGCAGGGGUUUGUGGCCUGCGUUCGACCGGCACCAGUCUCUCACUCUCCGAGGCAGCGAGGUCCAGCGAUCCGUCUCCCCGCGCCCCGUGCGGUGUGGCCAUGGAGAAUCAGGUGCUGACGCCUCACGUCUACUGGGCUCAGCGACACCGCGAGCUGUAUCUGCGCGUGGAGCUGAGUGACGUACAGAAUCCUGCCAUCAGCAUCACUGAAAAUGUGCUGCAUUUCAAAGCUCAGGGACAUGGUGCCAAAGGAGACAAUGUCUAUGAAUUUCACUUGGAGUUCUUAGACCCUGUGAAACCAGAGCCGGUUUACAAACUGACCCAAAGGCAGGUAAACAUUACAGUACAGAAGAAAGUGAGUCACUGGUGGGAGAGACUCACCAAGCAGGAGAAGCGCCCACUGUUUUUGGCCCCCGACUUUGAUCGCUGGCUGGACGAGUCUGAUGCGGAAAUGGAGCUCAGAGCCAAGGAAGAAGAACGCCUAAAUAAACUAAGAAUUGAAAGCCAAGGCUCCCCUGAAACUCUUACAAGCUUGAAGAAAGGAUACCUGUUCAUGUAUAAUCUUGUGCAGUUCUUGGGAUUCUCCUGGAUCUUUGUCAACAUGACUGUGAGGUUCUUUAUUUUGGGAAAAGAGUCCUUCUAUGACACGUUCCACACCUUGGCCGACAUGAUGUAUUUCUGCCAGAUGCUGUCAGUUGUGGAAACUAUCAAUGCAGCAAUUGGAGUCAUUAAGUCACCAGUGAUACCUUGUCUUAUCCAGCUUCUUGGAAGAAAUUUCAUUUUGUUUAUCAUCUUUGGCACCAUGGAAGAAAUGCAAAACAAAGCUGUGGUUUUCUUUGUGUUUUAUACAUGGAGCGCAGUUGAAAUCUUCAGGUACCCCUUCUACAUGCUUUCCUGCAUUGACAUGGAUUGGAAGGUGCUCACAUGGCUUCGUUACACUGUGUGGAUACCCUUGUAUCCUCUGGGAUGUUUGGCAGAAGCUGUCUCAGUGAUCCAGUCCAUUCCAGUAUUCAAUGAAACAGGAAGAUUCAGUUUCACAUUGCCAUAUCCAGUGAAAAUCAAAGUUAGAUUUUCCUUUUUUCUUCAGAUUUAUCUCAUAAUAUUAUUUUUAGGGUUGUACAUAAAUUUUCGUCACCUUUAUAAACAGCGCAGGCGGCGCUAUGGACAAAAAAAGAAAAAGGUCCACUGAAAACAAAGAUUGAGAGGAUUCCUUGCCAGUUUGAGCCUAAUCUAUAAUUCUUACAGUUUUACCUUCUUGUACUGAUGUAAAAGUUUUUUUAAAGUUAAAUGAUUAAAUUCUCAGUGAAGCUAUCUUCCCUUUUCCCCCAUAACAUUCCUGAAUUUACCGAACUAUCUUAGUGUAGUACUUGCAUGACAUGGGUUCCUGGUAUCUGAGGACAGGUUUGUUCUUGUGUGUUCCGUUAAUGACCGCAAAAGACUCAGCCCUACCCCCACACACUCCUUGUCCUGUCACUCUCACAUGGGCCAGAGAUAUUUCUUCAGGGCCCUAACCCUACCAGGUACUGGCCAUUCUUAUAGCUGGGAAUUGUUCUUUUCAGCUGUUGCUUGCAAGAAAAAAACCACUGUUGCCUCUACAGGGGGCUGUGAAAGUGACUCAGGCAGGACCUUGGAUAUAUUCUGUAUCCAAGGAGUUGCUUGUUAAGUGGGGUGGCAUUGAUUUUUGGAAAAUCAAGUUCAACUCAGUCAUUGAUAAAACAUUUCUGAGUCUGAGUGGAGCUAGAGAACACCUAUUACCUCUGAAUCUUUUGGCCUCUAACACCACCUGCUACGUGCUUACCUGUGUGUGUGCACGGGAGAGGCAUGGAAUGAUUUGGGAGAAACCGGUCAGAACCUUGGAACACCAUGAUCACUUACUUCAUUCCUGGCUAAAUCAGAACUAUUUUCAACAUUAGAGAAAGAUGAAACAUUAGUUAGAAAACAAUGAGAUUAUAAGAGUUCCAAACCCAAAUGGCUACAGGGUGUCAGAGGGUGAAACUGGCAGUAAGACAGCGGCUGGCAGUGCAGCCUGUGGCAACCUGGGAGCAGACAAAACAGACCUACAAAAUGGCCUGAGGCUGUGCACAUACAUAAAAAACCUUGCUAUCAUCCUCCGCACUGGCUGAGUCCAUUUACUCGUGUACCUGCCAGAGUGACUGGUAGAACUGACCUCAAAAACACCUGCUUUAUUCUUUGGUUUCACCUGUCUGCCGUCAGACGGUAAAACAGAGUGAGAACUUUGGCUGGAGAAGCUUAACAAAGCUUCCUGGCAGGAAACCCACCAACAGAGGAACUGAGGAAAAUCCAGACGUUGUAAAGUUUGGUCAUUGUCAAAAACAUUGUUUCCUCUAAUACAUUCCAAGUUAACCAAGUAAAAUAUGUUAGAAGUAAUGCUUGUAUUAAAGAAUUUAAGAGCAUGAUAGCUCUUUCUGUUCUGCCAUUCCUACUGUUCUUGGGAAAGGGGGACUCAGUGAGUUAUGCUGUUUCUCUGAGUCCAAUAUGGAAACUUGGUUUGACCUAAAAACAUCUGAUUAGCAUAGGCUGGCUGAUUUUUAUUUUUAUAAGUUCACUGCACUGAGGGGUAUUUUGCAUGUCUGUAACUUCUGUCAACACUUGUUUGUGUUAACUUCCGUUUUUCUUUCAAUUGACUUUCUAUGUUUAUUUGGACAGAUCAGCUUUGCAGUAUAUGCUGCAUCUUUGUGGCAGAAUCCUGUAUUCUUAGUGAUUGUUAAAACUCCUUUAUUGCUGUCUGAGAAAGCAAAAGAUUGUGUAUUUCUAUUAAACAUUUACAAUCAAAAUCCUAAUAA